AUGCCACGUAAGCUACGUAAGAAUAUACGUAAGAGGAAGGGAGCAUUGAAACAUCCAAAAGUAAAACUGACACCACAACAACAGUUGCAACAACAAAUGCUGAAUGACCCCACUAUGUUGCAACAAAUGUCAAGCAAUCCUAUGCUUUUAAACCGAGUUCUUGGUGCACAGAGUGGAGGUUUAAGAGCGGCACUUUUAGCGAAAAUGGCAGGCUAUGGUGGAGCUGCAGACGGAACAGCUUAUAACCCUCAAAGUCAAAUGAAUUUGAGUUCACUCAAAAAUCAAAUAACAGAUGUCAAAAAGUCAAACAUAGACAUACAGAAGCAAAUAAGUGAAAACGAAAAGAAACUAGAAUAU